CCGAUUUUCUUUUUAAUUUGGCAUAGAGAAAAUGGCAAUGUCAGCUGCAAUCCUAGUACUUGCUCUGCAAAUGAUGGCACUCCGAUCAUGGGCUCAGAGAACAGCCUCCCCAGCCCCGGGAUGGGCGCAGAGGCUCGAGACCGGAACUGGGACAAUGACCAACCUCCAGUUCUACUUCCAUGAUACAUUCAGCGGCUCAAACCCAAGUGCAGUUCGGGUUGCUGAGGCACGGGACACCGACAAUUCCCUCACGCUGUUUGGGGCGCUAGUAAUGGUGGAUGACCCACUCACCGAGGGGAUAAGCCCGAGCUCGAAGCUGGUGGGACGGGGGCAAGGACUGUACGGGUCUGCAGGGCAGAGUGAGGUGGCCUUCCUCAUGGCAAUGAGCUUCUGUUUCCUGGACGGCGUGUACAACGGAAGCUGCCUCAGUGUCUUGGGCAAGAAUGCGGCGCUGAACUAUGAGCGAGAGAUGCCGAUUGUGGGAGGGACAGGGCUCCUCCGGUUCGCCCGUGGGUACGCUCUCGCGCAGACACAGAUGGCGAACCCCAUUAAUGGUGAUGCCAUUGUCUGGUACAAUGUCACCGUAUUUAACUAGCCAUAUAUGAUCCCACCGCAUAAAAGAUCUGCCUAUCCUAAAUUAGCGUUGUUACGCCCUGUUCGAACACUGGCUGGACAAGCUUGCCCUCU